AGACUCGUUCAUCUGUAGAGUGAGAGAGAGAGAGAGAGAGACAGAGGGAGCGCGAGAGGGAGGAGGACGCUGACGACCAGACCAACACCACCACCGCGUCCGCCACCGGCGACCGCCACCACCAUCGGCGACCUUCCCUCCACCGAACGCCACCAACACCAGUGGCGAUUUUCGCCUUCGCGACUUCCGACGCGACCACGCACAGCCAAGGUGCUGGAAUUGGCCGCAAACACAGCGAGGGACAAUAAGAAAGGACUGUUAUCCACCCUUGGAUCUCCUCAUUUAUGUGGUGGCAGCCCCACAUCAAAAGCCUCACUCAAUUCACAGAGAAAUACUCGUAGCGAAUCUGGAUCCGGUUGGCCCCAAACGGUGUUGCUAUUUUGGGCUGCAAUUUGCAGCGAAGACACCUCACUGCAGGGACACCCAGCGUCCGCAAAUUCCAGCCGCUUCCGGAGAUUGUUCGAUCAUCGAUGGAUUCCGUCUGCCAAUUUGGAAAAAACCUGUAGAUUUUCACAGAUGCGCUCGAGCGCGAACAAAACCCUAGGACGACCAUGUGAUCUCUCUCUCUUCCCAAAUCUGGAUGCAUUAAAGUCUAAAGAGUACAUGCGUAUUACAUCUGCGUAAACAAACCAACCAAACACGUCAGCUUUAGGGCUUGGCUAUGGCGAGUUCUCGCCCCUGUUCGAGCUGUGGCGAGAGAUCCCUCGCCAACGACGACGACGGCAACUCCUUCUGCGCCUCGUGCGGCGCCGUCCAGGACUUCGACAACUUCCAGCACAGCUUGGGCGGGAUCAGCGGCCCCACCGGCACCUUCGUCCACACCGGCACCGCAGGCUCCGGCAGCACCUUUAACUACAAAGAGACCAAAAUAUAUUACGCCAAACAAAACAUCGAACGCAUCACCUCGUUAUUUGACUUUUCCCCCUCAAAGAAAGACGAGGUCAGGGUUAUGGUAGAGACCGUUACCAAGGGGGAGUACGGGCAGGGGGAUUGGUUUCCGGUUCUCAUAGGCGCGUGCACGUACGUUGUGAUGAGAAGAGAUAACAAGUCGUUGGCCCUAGUGGAGGUCGGGGAUAAGAUAGGUUGCGAUGUUCACGAGCUGGGUCGGAUGGUUAGUCGGGUUGUUCAGUUUAUGCAGUUGAAGUUGCCGGAGUUUGACAUUGUGGAUUCGUUUCAACGGGCGGUCCGGACUUGUUUUGUUUCGUUGGAUAAUGUGGAUAAGGUUGGGAGGAUGUUGAAGCAGGGGAUUUUCUUGGUCCAGUGUAUGGUGAAGUGGUACUUGACCACGGGGCGGAGACCGCUUCCGGUGGUCGUGGCUGUGUUGGUUUUCGUUGCUCAGUUGAAUGCAGUUGAUGUUUGGAUUGAGGAUGUGGCAAUGGAGUUACAUGUGGCGGUUGUUACGUGCAAGCUGCGGUAUAAGGAGCUUUUAGAGAGUCUGGUGAAGGUUGCGCAAGUAUUGCCUUGGGGAAAAGAUAUUACAGUUAAGAACAUCGUUAAGAAUGCAUCGUUUGUGUUGGAAUACAUGGAAUUGAAGUCAAUGUCCAAGCGUGGCGAGAAGAGGAAGGUUGUAGAUCAUGUUGGGUUUGAUAUGGAUGAUUUGGUUAGAAGCUGUUUGAGCGAAGAAGCGGAAUAUGGGCUUGAUAAUCAUGGCGUGGAAAAUGAUUCUCAAUAUUUCAAUGUGCAAGAUAAGUGUUCUUCCCCAAGAGGGACUAGAGAUGAUUUGGAGACGCUCAAGAUAUCACAUGAGUGCUUGUCAAUGAUGUUUUCAGAAUAUUCAAACAAAAUUUCUAAUACCGAUUAUCUUGAAGAAUGUGGAUGCAAAAAUAGAAUGAAAAAAGGGAGAGGGUUCGAUCUUUUAGAUUGUAGGGAGUGGUGGAAAGGAAAUUCAGAACUGAGCAGAAAGCUUUUGCUCAAGAAAAUACUGGAAAAAGAUGUGGGAUUAGUUGCAAUGCCACCAUCUUUUGUUGCUGGAUGCUUGGCAUAUCAGAGGAGGAGAGAGAAGAUAAAGGCUGCUAAGCUACGUAUUAAUAAGAUUAUGGGCCCGCAAAAUGGUGAUUCAGGUGACAAUGGUAACCUUUGCAUAUCGGACGGCGUGAUUGUUGGAAAGAAGCGAAGAAGGAGAAUGAAGGUUUAUGUUGAUUGGGAAGACUUAAUUAUUGAGACCCUUCUCCUUCAUCAGGUGCACGAGGAGGAAAUAGAGAAGGGGCAUUACAAUACCUUACUGGAUUUGUAUGUAUUUAAUUCUGGGAGUAUGGGAUAGGCUUCAGCAUGGAGUAAAAGUAGCAAGAAUUUAAUAGGCUUCAGCAUGGAGUAAAAGUAGCAAGAAUUUACUAAACCACAUCAGUCACCUCACAAAUUGGAGACAUUUUCUGCAGAUAAUUUUUGUGUACUCUAUCCUGCAAGAUGACAGUCAAUUUGGUUACUCGUUUCUGUAAAUUUCUGGAUGGUAACCUAUUUUUGGUUAUAGAAGUGGUACUUUCCUAUUUAUAUAAAAAUUGAAUUUGUUCUGGAU